UGACAUCUCGGUUGAGGUGGAGCUAGGAGCGUCUGGGAUACUGAGCGAAGGGAGGAAAAGAGCUGAGUUUGUGCUUGUGAGCGCUCAGAGAGCACUUAGGACGACCGUGCCGUGGACUCUGUGGACUCGCGUGGACAUGUAGCGGGGUUUGACUCUGGAAGCUGGAGUUAGUUGAUGUGAGAAGUCCAGCGGCUCACUGUGUUCGUCGCGGCCGCACCGAGCGCCGCUCCGCCUCCUGCCCGCCUGCCCUCUGCGGCGAUGUGCGACCUGAUGUCAGCCUCUCAGCCCGUCCAGAAAAUGGGCAAAAUGAAAAAGUUGAGGAGAACUUUAUCCGAGAGUUUCAGGAGUAUAGCUUUCAAGAAAGAGGACAGCGGCUUUGAUGAGAUAUGUGUCACAAAGAUGUCCACACGCGGCUGCCAGGGAACAGACUCUGUCAUCAAGCCCCUGGAUACUAUCCCUGAGGACAAGAAGGUGAGAGUUCAGCGCACGCAGAGCGGCUUCGACCCCUUCGAGAAGCCCGCCAGCCAGGUGAAGAGGGUCCACUCUGAGAAUAAUGCCUGCAUCAACGCCAAGAGCUCAUCUUCUGGCAAGGAGUCACCCAAACUACGCCGGCACUCCAGCCCUAGUUCUCCUACAAGCCCCAAGUUUGGGAAGGCCGAUUCGUAUGAAAAGCUGGAGAAACUGGGCGAGGGUUCAUACGCUACAGUGUACAAAGGCAAAAGCAAGGUGAAUGGGAAACUGGUGGCUCUGAAGGUAAUUCGCCUGCAGGAGGAGGAAGGAACGCCUUUCACUGCAAUUAGAGAAGCGUCUCUUCUCAAAGGCCUGAAGCACGCCAACAUUGUGUUGCUCCAUGACAUCAUCCACACUAAAGAAACCCUGACCCUGGUCUUUGAGUAUGUGCACACAGACCUGUGCCAGUACAUGGACAAACACCCCGGAGGACUCCAUCCAGACAAUGUGAAGUUGUUCCUGUUCCAGUUACUCAGAGGCCUGUCCUACAUCCACCAGAGAUACAAUCCUUCAUCGGGACCUGAAACCGCAAACCUGCUGAUCAGUGCAGACUCGGCGAAGCUCAAACUUGCAGACUUCGGUUUGGCCAGAGCUAAGUCCGUCCCCAGCCAUACCUACUCCAAUGAGGUGGUGACUCUGUGGUACCGACCUCCAGAUGUUCUGCUGGGAUCCACAGACUACUCCACCUGCCUGGACAUGUGGGGAGUGGGCUGCAUCUUCAUUGAAAUGAUCCAAGGAGUGGCUGCCUUUCCUGGGAUGAAGGACAUCCAGGACCAGCUGGAGAGGAUAUUCCUGGUCCUUGGCACCCCGUCUGAGGAAACCUGGCCUGGUGUGAACUCCUUGCCUCACUUCAAACCAGACCGCUUCACGGUGUACAGCGCUAAGAAGCUCAGACAAGCGUGGAAUAAGUUGGGCUACGUGGACCAUGCGGAGGAGUUGGCCUCCAGGUUCCUCCAGUGCUUCCCAAAGAACCGUCUGUCAGCUCAGGCAGCUCUGAAUCAUGAAUACUUCAGCAACCUUCCUCCACGGCUCUGGGAGCUUCAGGACAUGUCUUCUAUCUUCACUGUACCAAAUGUCAAGCUGCAGACAGAGAGCGGGGACAGCAUACAGGUGUGUGCGCGAAGGAAUAGUUACGGCAAAGCUUCCUCUGGCAGCAAACACUGACUGGAGGCAGCAUCCUGCACAUGAUUGCAUACCAGGUGGCUGAUGAAGACAUAAACGCUAAGAUGAAGGAUCCAGACAAAUGAAAGCGUUCCAGUUCUCUUUAUUUAUUACUUCACGAUAUAUGUAUGUGUGCGUGUGGAAGAGAGACUGCCGAUAUGGAUGCAUGUGUGCAUUAUGGAUGGUACUGAAGACUUUUGACUAUUAUUUGCAAAUUUUGUUUACUUUUUACAAGGGUAUGAUAAGUCAUAUAUCAUUGUCACAGUAUAAGCAAAAAGACUUUGCUAUUGGUACAUAUUGUGUUUUGUGUUUAUAACUAGCUUCCUAUUUAAGAAUGUAUAUUUGUAUGUACAGUAUACUCAUCUAAAAUAUAUAUAAUGGACACUUUUAAUAUUGUUGCACCCUCUCAUCACCAUACUGCACUCAAACUACACAUCAAUGAAAAUUUACAGGAGAUGUGCAUACAAGCAAAAAAAAAAAAAAGUGUAAUUCAGAAAUAACAGUUUAAAAAAACAUGAAUUGUUAAAAUUUGCUUUCUUUAUAAUUAGUUUAUUGUCUAAUAUUCCAAAAGUCGUCGAAUCACAGGUAAUGAUUAAAAAAGAGAUGGUUCUCAGGUGGCGUUGCACAUCUUCUAGAGACCAUGUUGGAGGACUUUACUAUUUGUUCGUGGUUGCCUGAGAACAGAUCUACAGCCAAUAUCAACACAUCUAUUGUAAAAACUACAAACCAUAUCCUUUAUUCUGUUUUUAAUAGAGUGUAGUUGUUGCCUAUGAAACAGAUAUUUUCUUUCUUAUUUUCUAAGUUGAGUAAAUAUUUGAUCAGCUUUUUUUUUUUUUUACAUCCUCUUGUUUUAUUUUUGUAGUUUUGCCAUCAUUCCAGACAGUUGCAACUUUUUAAAAUGUUUUCAAUCACAAAUCAUUAUUUAGAAAAUGUAUCUAAAGUCUAACUAAAAUUAAAUUGCAUGGGUGUUUUUUAUUCUGUAGCAUGCAUUUUAGACUUUUUAUAUGUUCUAUUUGGACAAAAAAGAAGUACCUCAAAGAAAAUACCAGUCAGCUUCAUUGUCUACAUUAAGAAGAAAAUGGCUUGCAUACAGCCAUUUAGCUGAUUUAAAUUUAAAGGUGUAGUCCCUCUUGAUAUUUCACAAAAUUGACCAAAUUGGCAUUGUGUUGAAUUCUAACUGUUACAAUGAACCUCUUUUUUCUAUUUUUUAACAGAUCAUUUUUAAUGCUGGUAAAGUAUUUAUUUUGGGCACAUUCCCUGGGAAAUGUAUUGAGUUCAUUUAGUGAAAUCAAGCUGACAACAAAAAGCAUAAAGGACAUGCACGAGGUUUAGUGUUCAUGCUGGAAAUGUGGAACUCCGAAUUUCCAAUUUAUUACUUAAGAAAAUACAUCUAAAGCUGUGAUAAACUGUCCAGUAGAUGUACAGUAAAACAUACAUGUGAAAUUUGUCUAGAUGAUACCCAGGCUUCUUGCCAGUGGGAUCUUUGGUGGCCUGUAUUUAUUGGUUGUGAUUGUUUCUGUUUUUCCAUUGUAUUUGGCACUUUCAGUUUCAGCUGAAGGUCAACUGUGUUUGUUUGGCUCCAUGAUAGUAACACUAGCGCAUCCUGAGUAGUUGUGAUAUUUGACCCUCGGACAGCGCAGUGGAAAACUGAAUUUCCCAGUGUGUCAUAGCAACUAUUCACUGUAUUUCAAAUCUCAUGGGUCAAAAUUUCUAAACCAGGGGAAUUUUUAAGCAUGUUGGAAAUAUAAGAUUGUGAAUCCUUUAUUUGAAUUCUAAGGAAUAAAAUGAUAGUGCACCAAAAAAAAAAUCCUUUUUAUGUUUUAAAUUGUUGUGUUGAUGUUAAAAAAAGAAAAGGGACUACAGCUUUAAACUGUAGUUGGAUAGCGCACCAGCUGUAACUGUCCUGUUGCUAUCUGACAGCAAAAGCAGCCUUUGAUCUAUCAAAAAAAAAAUUAUAAAUUUAUAAUACAAGUUUUGGUUUGGAACUUAGCUUUCUGAAUGAGAAAAUUAGCAAGUACUAACCAGGGGUAAAUUAAUAACAUUCAGUACCGCAAAACCUUAACAGCAGAGAACAUCAGCUUCUAGUUCAGUGUUGUAACUUUUUAGUUUUUUUUUCUGCCACUGCUAACAGAACAUUUCCUGGGUUUGUUGUUAGUGUAAGUUUGUUGCCAUUGUUCAUCUGCAUCUCUAUGAACUCAGUUGUUAUUUAGGCAGGAGAAUCACAUUCCCAUAAUGCUUCAUUGAUGCGAAAGCCAAUAUAAUAAAACAUUACAAAGUAAUGGUCUUACACAAGAUGUUAGCAAAUUAUGCACAGCAAUAAGAUUUUAUCACACUUUAAACUUUUAUUUUCAACCAUUAGGCCCUUAGCACUGUGAAUCAAUGAUACGUUUGGAUCCGAUUAGUAAUUUGUGCAAAUGCUAAGCCACGCGUAACUAACAUGUUGGUAAUUUAAUUUUAGUUGUGAAUUUGACAAGCCACUCAAGCUAACAUCAGUUACAGCUUAGCUAACACAUCAGUGUAAAAACAUUGGUUGUGAAACUCAUUCAUCACUCAAGCUAAUGCUGGUUAGCGUUUAGCUAACAUAGGGUGAUUCCAGCAUGUUUUAAGGUCUGUUCUUGGCUGUUUUGUUGGGUCAAAGGCCCCAAUAGAUAAUAAAAAUACAGAGCACUCGCUGUUCAGCCGCCAUCGGUAGCAGUGUGUCAUGGGAAUAUGGUUCUUUUCAAUAGUUAAAAAUUAAAUAAAAUAACUUUUCAACAUGAUUUGAGCAGCUUUAACAAAGGUAGUUACUUUAGUUUGUCAGCAAGAGACUUGUUUCUAUUGUACGUAAUCUCCUGCUUUCUUGUUUUACUAAAUGGACAAGUGCUGUCACUGUUUCACCAGAUAGAUGUCAUAAUCAAUAGGAAUGAUGGUAAAAACUGCAAAAAUGAGAUGUGGGGUAUUAGAAGCACUAUGAGCUGAUUCUCUAGUGGACCUCUGUGACAAAAAAUAUAUAUAUGUAUGCC